AUGGGUCCGGCUGAGUUGCUCUCCUUCAAACGUAUUCUUAAUGGCGACGUACGCGGCUUCCGCCAGGAGCCCGGGUUGUCGGAUGCUACCACCAAUACUUUGUCGAAUCCACCGAGCAUGGCGUAUGGUAGCUUGAUCACCUACUACAAGUGCACCUGCUGGCGCUCCGAGUCCUUUGCUGAAGCAUAA